UUUACGUGACUCUUAUAUGUAAUGACUUUAAUAUUAUUGUUUUCAUUCUCAGACACAAUCUACGAAUUAAUCAAGUGUUAUUUACUUUCGUAAUUAUUUAACAUUUUGUGGUCCUUGUUGAACUAUGUCUGAAGAUGAAAAAGUGGAGUUCAAACCAAAAGUUCGGAAAAAUAUUCGUCGAAGACAAAAAUCGGAUUCGGAUGAUGGCGACGCAAUCAAUGAAGUUAUUCUUUCCAAGUUAGAAGAAACAAAGGAAAAGCAAAAAUUACGUGGCAAACCGAAUGGAGUAAACGUUCUAACACUAGCGGCGGGUAAAAAAAUUUCAAUCGAGGAGGAAGUCACUAAUAAAGAUCCUUUCAAUGUAAAAUCCGGAGGAAUGGUCAAUAUGCAAGCAUUGAAAGCUGGUAAAAUUAAAACAGUAGAAGAUCCCUACGACACAGGAAUAGGAACUCAGUUCUCAGCUGAAACUAAUAAACGCGACGAGGACGAAGAAAUGAUGAAGUAUAUAGAGGAUCAGCUUAGCAAGAAAAAAGGCAUUUCAACAGAGUCUACCGGAGAAAUUGAAAUCGACUCGGUUUCCAAGUAUCUGAGCCCAGAAGAAGCUGCACUUCUCUCGUUGCCCGCCCACUUGAGUCAUACAUCUUCUCAGCGAUCAGAGGAAAUGUUAUCAAAUCAAAUGCUUAGUGGCAUCCCGGAAGUUGAUCUAGGAAUUGAAGCAAAAAUUAAGAAUAUUGAAGCAACUGAAGAUGCAAAACUUAAAUUUCUUCUAGAACAACAACGCAAAAAGGAUCUUCCAUCUCAUUUUGUACCGUCCAACAUGGCAGUUAAUUUCAUGCAACAUAAUCGAUUCAAGAUCGAUCAACCGGUUCAACAGAAAAGACGAUAUCCAGAAGAACGAGGGCACUACUCAAGUGAUGAGAAAGCCCCAAAGAAGGCCACGGAUGAUUAUCAUUUUGACAAAUUUAAGAAACAAUAUAGAAGACAUUGAAGUAUUCAAUAAAAAAAUAAUUUCAUGAA